AUGGCCACCGGAUUAACUGUGCCCACUGCUGAGGAGAUUCGAGUUCCUGAAACUCUCUUAAAAAAGAGGAAAAAUCAGGAGAAGAUUGCUGCGGAAAAGGCAGCUUCCCUUGCAGAGAAACGCAAGGCAGCCAAGAAGACUCGUAGAGUAAUUUUCAAACGUGCAGAACAGUACGUUAAGGAAUACCGUGCUGCAGAACGUCAAGAAAUUCGAUUGCGCCGUCAAGCAAAAGCAUGUGGUAAUUUUUAUGUCCCAGCUCAACCAAAAUUGGCUUUUGUUAUUCGUAUUAAAGGUAUCAAUCAUAUUCCACCUAAACCACGCAAGAUUCUUCAACUCUUGCGUCUCCUACAAAUCAACAACGGAAUAUUUGUUAGACUAACCAGAGCAACUAAACAAAUGCUUCAAUUGGUUACACCCUACGUUGCAUAUGGUGAGCCCAAUUUAAAGUCAGUCCGAGAACUCAUUUACAAACGUGGAUUCGCAAAAGUAAGCAGACAGCGCAUUCCUAUAACCGAAAACGCUAUCAUUGAACAAAAUCUGGGCAAAUUUGGUAUUAUUUGUGUUGAAGAUUUGGUUCACGAGAUUUUCACAGUUGGACCUAACUUCAAACAAGUCAACAACUUCCUUUGGCCAUUUAAACUUUCCAAUCCUACUGGCGGCUGGCAUACCAGGAAAUUUAGGCAUUAUAUUGAAGGCGGUGAUUUCGGCGAUCGUGAAGAUCGUAUUAAUGAAUUAAUUCGCAAAAUGAAUUAA